UUUUAUUUUUAUUUCUAUUUUUAAGUCAAACUUGCUCUAAAAUAGGAGACGAAAUCCUUCAAAAAACUUUAGCAGUGAUUCCCACUGGCGCAUCUCUGAUCGCACAUAAACACAUCGUCUUUUUCCAACUGUAAAAACUGUCGAAUUUGGAUCGUGAACCGGAAUUGAAGCGAAUACAUUCGAUCCAGUGGGUCGGAUCCAUAAUAGAUCCGAAUGUUGGGGAAUUCGGGCAUGGAUGUGCUGCAGGAGUCGGGUUGGGAGGAGCUCCGAAAAGAGGCCCGCAAGAUCGAAGGUGAUCUUGAUUUCAAGCUAUCUUCUUAUGGUAAACUUGGCGCUCGCUUCACCCAAGGAGGUUACGUGGAUGCUGGUUCACCAACUUCUGGCUCCAGUAGGUCAUGGAAGUCCAUGGAAAUCGAGAUUCAAUCACUGCUUGAGAAGCUAGUGGAUGUAAAUGAUGCUAUGAGUCGAUGUGCAGCAUCUGUGGCCCCUACUACUUCAGUUACUCAGAAGCUUGCAAGACACAGGGACAUACUGCAUGAGUUUACGCAGGAAUUUAGACGCAUAAAAGGAAACAUGAACUCAAUGAGGGAGCACGCAGAACUACUAAGUUCUGUAAGAGAUGAUAUCAGCGAGUAUAAGGCAUCUGGGAGUAUGUCUUCAGGGACACAGCUACUGCGUGAAAGAGCUGCCAUACAUGGAAGCAUAUCUCAUAUAGAUGAUGUGAUUGGUCAAGCUCAAGCAACUCGGGCCGUGUUGGGCUCCCAACGAGCGUUGUUUGGUGAUGUUCAAGGAAAAGUGAAGCUACUUGGUGACAAAUUCCCUGUCAUACGUGGUCUAAUUGGUUCAAUCAGGAGAAAACGAUCAAGAGACACUCUCAUCCUAUCUGCAGUAAUUGCUGCUUGUACGCUCUUUCUUAUUAUCUACUGGCUUUCAAAGUAAACAUAGACCAAUCUGUUGCCACUAAUCAAUUAAAAAUAGGAUUUUCCAACGACUUCUGAACGUGUAGUUUGUAAGAACAAAAUCUACUUCUUUAUUGAAAGGGUUAUGGUUUAUUUUAUGUACC